CGUGGCCUGUUGGAAUGCACGUACCAUGCAUUGGAAAACGCGGGAAUUCCAGUGGCCUCGGUAGCUGGAUCACGUACAUCAUGCUAUGUAGGCUCCUUCUCCCGGGAAUAUGCCGCCCUCCUGCAACGAGACCCACAACUUCAGGCCCGAUAUGAGGCCGUAGGGACGGGAACUGCCAUGCUUGCAAAUCGG